AUGCGUCCCCAAUUGCUCGUGUCUCUGCUCGCCACCACGUUGGCGGGCACGGCCUAUGGCCAGGAGAGCGAUGAUACAACUACCGCCUCCUCUGUAGCCAAAUGCAAAUGCGUCCCCGGCGACAAGUGCUGGCCCUCGUCCAGUGACUGGGACGCUUUCAACCGCACCAUCGGCGGCCGUCUCAUCAAGAACGACCCCGUGGCCAAGUCGUGCUACGACCCGAGCAAGGACCUUGCCCAGUGCGCGCGCGUCACCAAGCUCUGGACAGACCAGGACUUCCAGACGACCAACCCCGUCGGACGGCCGUACCCGUACAACAUCACCUGCGCGCCCGUCGACUAUGCGCAGGGCCAGACGCCCAUCGGCGGCUGCUCGCUUGGCCAGCUGCCGACUUACGCCGUCAACGCCACGGACCGACUGACCAUCGUGCUGGCGCUGCGCUUCGCCAAGUCGCGCAACCUGCGCGUCGCCGUCUCGAGCACCGGCCACGACCUGCUCGGCCGAGCCGACGGCUACGGAAGCCUGGGCAUCUGGCUGCGGCACUUCCGCAAUGGCAUCAACUUCCAGAAGACGCUGCAGGCGGGCAGGGGCUGCACCAAGUCGGGCUGGACGGGCAGUGCGGUGCACAUCGACGGCGCGUGGCAGUGGCGCGACGUCCACAAGGUGGCCAAGGCCAACGGCGUCAUCGUCGUGGGCGGCGGCUCCGUCUCGCCGGGCGCCACGGGCGGGUGGCCUUCAGGAGGCGGACACGGCCCAGCGACGCGCAACUACGGGCUCGGCGCGGACCAGAUCCUCGAGGUGGAAGUCAUGCUCGCCGACGGGUGCAUCGUGACGGCCAACCACUGCUCCAACACGGACCUGAUGCGUGCCAUCCGCGGCGGCGGGCCCGGCUACGGCAUCGUCCUCAGCACCAAGAUCAAGGCGCACCCCAACGUCAAGGUCAUCACGGCGCACCGCCUCGCCAUCGCGCCGCUCGAGCACACGCCCGAGAACAAGGACCUGCUCGACGCCGUGUCCGUGCUGCUGCAGGCGUACCCGGGCCUCAACACCAAGGGCUACGCGGGUUACGCGUUCUGGUUCCGCAACUUCCCGACCGUCUUCAUCGGCAACGCCACCUCGGGCUACACACACGGCUUCUGGACCAUCGGCAAGAACAAGGACGAGGCGGACAAGGCGUUUGCCCCUGUUCGUGCUGCCCUGGAUAAGUUCCGAGACAAGCUGUUCAUCCAAGAGACGUUUGCAACUUACACCGACUACUGGUCCUUCUACGAGGCCGAGUCUGGGCUGUACGACCCGGUGGGCGACACUUCGAUCCUCACCUCCCGCAUGAUAGACUCUGCUGCCGUCAGCAACUACACCAAGGUGCGCGAGACGGUCGAGGUCGUCAGUGGGUCGGGAGACGAGGUCGUCUCCAACGUUGUCCUCCUCGUCUCGGGCGGACAAGUGUUCAAGGACGCAGCUGACAAGACGUCGGGUCUGCAUCCCGCGUGGCGCACCUCGCCGUUCGUGCUGGUCUCUGGCCGCGGUAUCCCGCGCGCGGACCCCAACUUGGCGGCCAUCCGCGAGUACAUUUCCCACGACGUGACGUACGUCAAGGGCGGCGCGACCAAGAAGCUCGCUCCCUCGACGGGUGGAUACAUGAAUGAGGGCGACCGCAACGACCCGGACUACAUCAAGUCGUUUUACGGCGCCAACUACAAGAGCCACUUGGCGGCAAAGAAGAAGUACGACCCGGAGGGCAUGUUUUAUUGUCCGACGUGUGUGGGCGCCGAGGCGUUUGUCGACCGUCCCGACGGGGCUCUGUGUCGCGUGUAG